AUGGUGGGUGUGUGUUGUGUGGGUGCAGGGAUUGGGCAGUGCUUGUGUGUUUUUUGUGUAUAAGUGUGAGUGCUGACACUGCAUUCACACAUUCUGCAACAUACUCAGCUGCUGUUUGCUUGUGGUGCUGAAACAAAGCCUAGACCCUGUGAUUGUGGCCCUGGAGUGCAGUUGUGUAGCUGGAACAGUCCUGUAGGAUGGUGGACAGUGUGUAUCGUACCCGUUCCCUUGGAGUGGGGGCUGAGGGGCUGCCAGACCAGUAUGCAGAUGGCCGGGCCGCCCGCGUGUGGCAUCUCUAUAUUGGAGAUAAGAGGAGCCGUACAGAUGAGUAUCGCAGCUGGAUCUUGUCGUUACUGCAGGAGCACAACUGUCACACAGUGCUGGACGUGGCCUGUGGAACAGGGGUGGACUCAGAGAUGCUGGUGGAGGAGGGCUACUCUGUGGUCAGCGUUGAUGCCAGUGAUAAGAUGUUGAAAUACGCCUUAAAGACACGGUGGAGCCGACGGAAGGAGCCAGCAUUUGAUAAAUGGGUGAUUGAAGAGGGGAACUGGCUUUCUCUAGACCAAGAAGUACCGCGCCCCGUAUUAGGAUUUGAUGCUGUCAUCUGCUUGGGAAAUUCAUUUGCUCAUCUUCCCGAUUUCAAAGGCGACCAAAGUGACCACCGGCUGGCGCUCCGUAACUUCGCAGGUAUGGUCCGGCCAGGAGGCAUUUUAAUCAUUGACCACAGAAACUACGACUACAUUCUAAGUACGGGCUGUGCCCCCCAGGGCAAAAACAUUUAUUAUAAGAGUGACCUGACUCAGGAUAUCGCCACUUCAGUCUUGUUUGUCAAUAAUAAACCUCACAUGGUGACUCUGGAUUACACAGUGCAGGUUCCUACAUCAGAAGAGUCACAGCCUGAAUUGAGCAAAUUCCGCCUGUCCUAUUACCCUCACUGCCUUGAUUCCUUCACUGGACUCCUGCAUGAAGCAUUUGGGGGACAAUGCCGACACGAGGUAUAUGGAGACUUCCUGCCAUAUAAGCCUGGCCAGGAGAAGGCCCCCUGUUACUUCAUCCACGUGGUAAAAAGAACAGCCUAAUCCUGGACAGAUUCCUUCUUUCCCAGCAGUUUGGCCUUUGGCUGUGUGGAUUUAUAACCAUCUUUUAUAUUGGAGGGGCCUGCUAAUGUUUGGAUAAAGGGGUCCUGUAUUUAGAUCAGGGAGACUCCUAUAAGGGAAAUGUACUAGGAAUUGGAAUCGCUACUGUUAUCGUGGCCCAUUAAUCUUGGGGGCCCUGAGACUAUACUCUGUUACGGGUGGUGGGAUUAUGGCAAUGAUUUUGCUCUUAAGUCUGAAUCUAAAAUUGCUUUUCUGUAUUUAGCCAUUUCAGAUGCACGUUCCCUGCUCCAAUUACUGAUUCUCACUAUGUAAUUGCAGGUACAGUUGUUGUAACGUGUUGGCCAGUUAAAAUGCUACGGGGCGACCCUUUUGAAAUAAAAAAUAAUAAAAGUGAUAUCUUAAUUGGCUAACUAA